AUACAAACUCUUGUUAUUUUUUGGGAGGAGACAUGGGAUCUUAUGCGAUAUUAAUCGAUAACAAAACGAAAGGACAUCUUUGCGCAUGUCCUGGAGAAGUGUCACGCCGCAACUAACACUACUCUGAGCUUCGAGUGUAUAUACUGGGGUGUGUAAACGAGCAACUGGCUAAAAUGGAAAGCGUAUUACAAGUUUAAAAUAUGUUAACUGCCUUGCGUCGAAAAAUUCGGCUUGGAAUGCAGCGCACGGUUUUGAUUGCAGUCCUCCUGGCUGUAGGGAUCUUCAGCUACGCCUUCCUCAACCUCAAGUUCUGCUUCAAGUUGAUGUCCCACCGGAGCCUCAACCUCAUGUGUCAGAAAUUCGAGAAACAUGAAUACAGCGGCUCUCUAUGCGAGGAACUCUGCGGUGCUCAGUCUUCCUUCGACAACUUCCAAUGUCCUUUGAACGAUAUGAAAACUAUACUUUUUACAGCCGAGAAAAAUGGAGAUAUGUAUGCGGUGAAGUUGGCCCGGCAUAAUGAUGACGAACUGAGCUGGACAAACAGCAAAGGAGAGGCCAUUUAUCCCAAGAUAGAAGAGUUCCAUGAGAUUGUUAAAUUGCAUAUCAUACUGGCCUAUAAUGUCACAUUGGAUGACAAUAUGAUCCGAGCCCUGGUCAACCAAGAGAUAUCUGAUGAUAACUCCCAGCAAAUGGUUAGUUUCUGGAGGCUUUUCAAGGAUAAUAACUACAUGAUGGGCAAGCUCUUCGACGAGGAGUCCAUUUUCCCAGCAGUUUUGGGGUCCUGUGGACCUUAUUAUGCCACUGAGGGUUUGGAAAUAGUGCAGUCCAAUCCAAGCAUAAUGCAGUAUCUUGCCUCAAAUCGCUUGCAACGCCUAAAGCAUGCUCUCAACAUAAUGGAGUACAUUUUCCGACUGGACGAAAUGAAGCCGGAACCCCUAAAAAUGUGCAAGAUGCAAGUGAAUCGCUUUGGCACCACGCCGGAAAGGAGAUUGAAGUACCAGAGUGCCGAGCAUAUUUAUGUGGAGAGCCAGCUAGAUAAGAGGCUGUCGAGGGGCGUCAAGUGCCACACCAACAAGGACUGCCACUUCCACUCCUGCAUCGGGAUGUGCGACGAAGAGAACAAGGCCUGCACGCACAUUCAGCAGAACAACAACUUCCAGAUAUUCUGUGAACACGUCCUCCUGGGCGGAGGAACCUUUCAGCCAGGACUUCUGAGCGGAGUGCGUCUGUCGAAGCCGCUGCAAAAACUAGUGAAGAUGUGCAUCCAGCCGCCGAAGGAGCAUCAGGUGCCAGGACGACAGCUGGCUCCCAACGCCCAGCUUGCUCUGAGGAUCUACAAUGAACUGAAACAACUGCACCAGGCUGCGGCAGCGGCGGCAGGAUCCGAAACCUCCGACGAGGGGCAAGGACAACGGGGUGUCUGAAGGCAAUGGGAAUUUUUUAGUAGACGGUAGAUCAAUUGGCGUAUUGCUUGGCAGGUUUGCUUGCUCAAAACUCGUAGCAUUUUUACAUAUAGAAUUAAUUAUAUCGAAAUAAAACCGAAAAAGCUUUUUAUUAACUUGAAAACUGUGAUUUGAAUUGCAAUUCUCCCGUUUUGUGGCGCCCUCUACCGUGGAAUAGAAGAGUUAUACUCUCUACAUGUAUUUGACACGUGUAGUCUACGUUUACAUGACUUUUAACGCCAAACGAAUUCAAAAACCAAUUUAAAUUUGAGUAUUUUAUGUUUAUUCAGCUACUUUUGCUUUAUUAUUAUUCACUUUGAAAAUUUUUAAAUUCAGAUUACAUGCUUUGUUUGGGUACAUACAAUUUGCAUAUUGAUUUCUGGUUAUAUUCAUAUUUUGCCGCCAUUACCACCGGAGCCCAAUUGUUGAUCUCAAAACGGCAUUGUUCGACCUGCGAGCCCGGCUAGCAGCUGCUUACUUGGCUAAAACACAGAUUAACACGUUUACUUCAUGCUGUUCGCAUUGCACGGGCGUACAUUAUGUCGUAUAUUGUAAGUAUGUAUAUAUAUUUAUGUUAGUUAGAUUAAUUAGAUAAACUAAAACACACAUUUCAAAUAUACCACCACAAUUAUCUAGAACAUCGAGGGUGUCGCGGCCUUAAAUCGCGGCCUCUGGGAUUUGACUCGUAACGUUUUUAAGUACAACAAUUAGUUAAUUGAUAAGAUUGGGAAGUCAGCUGUUCAGGUGAGAGCCUGGUGAAAUGUACAUUAAUUGGUCAUCGGA